AUGAGAGCGCAGCAACUGUGGAGGAGAAGCGCUGCUCUCUCACACCAAGCACGAUACUAUGCCAAUCCAGCAUCUCCGUCUCACCUCAAUCCACACCCUACUCGGAAAGUGGCCAUUCCACCCUAUCAGAAGAUCCUCAGGAAAUUUGAAGACGUACGCCGUAUUCUGCCAAAGAAACACCUUACUCUUGCAGAGAAGAUUCUCUAUUCUCAUUUGGCGAAUCCCGAGGAGUCAUUGCUUACCAGCACAAACAACGGCGACAACAUCCGAGGAAAUGCAAACCUCAAACUUCAGCCCGAUAGAGUGGCUAUGCAAGAUGCCUCAGCACAGAUGGCACUACUACAAUUUAUGACGUGCAAUUUGCCUUCUACGGCUGUUCCAGCUAGCAUACACUGUGAUCAUAUGAUUGUGGGGGAGAGAGGAGCAGAUACCGACCUAGCUGAGAGUAUCAAGGGCAACAAAGAGGUCUUCGACUUCCUGGAAAGUGCCGCUAAGCGAUACGGAAUCGAGUUUUGGCCACCAGGAGCUGGCAUUAUUCACCAAACUGUGCUAGAGAACUAUGCAGCACCAGGUCUGAUGAUGCUGGGUACGGACAGUCACACACCAAAUGCAGGUGGGCUGGGAGCAAUCGCAAUUGGCGUGGGCGGUGCCGAUGCUGUAGACGCUUUGGUUGACGCACCCUGGGAAUUAAAAGCUCCCAAAAUCUUAGGCGUGAGACUGGAGGGAGAAUUGUCCGGCUGGACCUCUCCAAAAGAUGUUAUACUGCACCUUGCUGGCUUGCUCACUGUUAGGGGUGGUACAGGGUUCAUAGUUGAGUACCACGGAUCUGGGGUUAACGCACUCAGCGCCACCGGAAUGGCCACAAUCUGCAACAUGGGAGCAGAGGUCGGAGCUACAACAUCCAUAUUCCCCUUCUCCAGCAGUAUGAUUCCAUACUUGAAAGCAACUGGUCGAGGUUCAAUGAUAGACGCUGCAAAAGGCAUCGCUUAUGGACCAGGUCCUUACAAUUUCCUGAAGGCUGAUACAGAUGCCCAGUACGAUGAGCUUGUAAGGAUCGACUUGUCAUCAUUGGAACCUCACAUAAACGGACCUUUUACGCCUGACCUCUCAACGCCUCUGUCUAAAUUUGCAGAUGCCGUCAAAGCCAACAAAUGGCCAGAGACCUUUGGAGCUGGCCUCAUUGGUAGCUGUACCAAUAGCUCCUAUGAAGACAUGACACGAGCUGAAGAUCUGGUGAAGCAAGCUGCCACCGCUGGUCUGAAACCAAAAUCUGAUUUCUUCAUAACGCCCGGAAGUGAGCAAAUUCGGGCAACGCUAGAAGAUAGCAACACGCUACAGACAUUCUCGUCUGCAGGUGGUACCGUUCUUGCGAAUGCUUGUGGCCCCUGCAUUGGCCAAUGGAAACGUACCGAUGGUAUCCAAAGAGGCGAUUCAAACGCUAUCCUAUCCUCCUAUAACAGGAACUUUCCAGGGCGAAACGACGGCAAUGCAAAAACAAUGAAUUUCCUUGCUAGUCCAGAGAUUGUCACUGCCAUGUGUUACAGUGGCUCGAUGAGUUUCAAUCCGACCACUGAUUCUAUUGGUGACUUCAGGUUUCAGCCUCCCAAAGGCAUGCAUCUGCCAAGCGGUGGCUUUUCAAUGGGCAAUCCGGACUUUCAACCCUCUCCUGCUCGUCCUGAUCAUUCCGUAAAUGUUGUUAUUGACCCGCACUCAGAUCGCCUAGCUGUGCUAGAGCCAUUUGAUCCGUUCCCUGAGGCAGGUGUCAAACUGAGAGUUCUUUACAAGGUCAAGGGCCAAUGUACAACAGAUACUAUCUCAGCCGCUGGUCCAUGGCUGAAGUACAAAGGGCAUCUGCCAAAUAUCAGCGAGAACACCCUAAUCGGGGCUAUCAACGCAGCGACUGGUGAAACAAACAUGGCCUAUGAUUUCGACGGCAGUAAAUACGGCAUUCCAGAACUGGCUGCUAAAUGGAAGAGUCAGGGCCAUAGCUGGCUCGUUAUAGCGGAAGACAACUAUGGGGAAGGAUCUGCACGUGAGCACGCAGCAUUGCAACCUAGGUAUCUUGGUGGUCGCAUUAUCCUAGCCAAAAGCUUUGCAAGAAUUCAUGAGACAAAUUUGAAAAAGCAAGGCAUUGUACCCUUAACAUUCGAAGACAAAUCAGACUACGACAAAAUAGAUGCCCUAGACGAAGUUGAGCCGGUUGGACUUCUUAAUGUGUUGAAGAGUGGAGGCACUGGUCACAUUGAGCUUCAUGUUACGAAAAGGGAUGGUCAACCCUUCAAUAUACCUGUUAAGCAUACACUCAGCAAAGAUCAGUGUGGAUUUGUGCUGGCCGGAAGCGCUCUGAACCUGCUGGCAAAGAAAGCUUGGACCUUGAGUACGUUCAAGCUGGAGCGGGGAGUCUCCGAGAUCUUCGCGGGUCCCUGCCACGAAUCCGCAAGGACCAACACAUGGCUCCAUUUGGGCAUCAAUGCUGUAAGCACCAUGCUCCUCAGCGGUAGCAAUUACUGCAUGCAGAUUCUCUCGGCGCCUACACGGAAAGAAAUUGAUACCGCUCAUGCGGGCAGGGAAUGGCUCGAUAUCGGUGUGCCGAGCGUAAGGAAUCUCAAGAAUGUAGCGAGGAUGAAGGUGGUGAUGUGGUGGCUUCUUGGCUUGAGCUUCGUACCACUGCAUCUGAUGUACAACUCGGUUUCCUUCUCCAUCAUAGCGACAAACAAGUACAAUGUUAUUUUUGUAAACGAAGCAUUUGUAGAAGGUGGCCCAAACAGUUCUUGGAACGAGUCGAAGUUCCCUGGAAUCAAUUAUGUCCAAGCUCGAGCAAAGACUUGGGAGCGCCUUGACGGGCUUGCUUGCCUCACUACGAGACAUCCAGUGGCGGUAGUCGUGGACGACUUGAUGGUUGCCAAUGAUUCAGUUAAGCACGUAAUGCCAGCGGUUUUCGAAUACGAUAUAAAACUACCCAGCAUCUUCAAUCCAUCUGUCUGGAUAUACGAAACCAAUGAUGGUGACACUCGGCCCAUGCUGAACGCUGGCACACAAUGGGUUGGGACAUCGAAUUAUUGCCUCAGCGAACCAGUCGAGGGCAAGGGCAGCCUGAGUUACAGCCUCUCAAUCAUUGUUGUGGUGAUAAUACUAUACAACAUCACAAAGGCUCUCGUCAUGCUCUUCAUUGCUUUUGGCAUUAGAGACAACCCACUUCUCACGGUUGGGGACGCAGUUGAUUCGUUCUUGAAUGUCAACGAUCUGAAUAUCAAAGAGAUGUGCUUGGCUAGCAAGGAGAGCAUUCAUGCCGCCGAGAUGGUACCGAAUUCCGCAAAAGAGGUACGGGGUUAG